AUGAGUGGUGGGAGCGGAUUCAGGGGUGGAUAUAGCUGGGAGAGUGGGCUAACCGAGGUAGUGAGUAAUUUAUUUUUGCGUGUUUCCCCUCGAGUAAUAACUCCACCCACUGAAUAUUCGGCAUGUACGGAAUUUGCCCGCGCUUACAGCUUCCUCUCUCGAGUAGUAAAUAACAUAGACUCUGCAGAAUUUUCAAAGAGGCUAAAGUUACCCAUAAAAAUGGCACAGGCAUUUAGAACUGCCUGUUCUGGACUAAUAACUGCAGAUUCUGGCCAGUGGAUCAUGUUGACAGCAUCGCUAAAAGCACUCGGCUCUCAAAGCCCAGACUACUCACCAAUAUGUUCCCACAUAACAAUGCUUAUAGAGAGGCUUAAGGGAGGGGCGAAUUGGCUGGUUGUGCCAUUCUGCAUAAGGAUUCACUCAGCCUGUCCACCCGAGUGGUCAGUCCUAAUAAUAACCAACUUAGUGGCCUUUGGCAUGGCCCCUGGCGGAGACAAAGCGGCUGGCACCUACGCCCUGUCUAUUGUGAAUGUGGCUGGUUACGGAAGGGGAGGGGAGUAUCACCAGUGCAAGCUGGGCAAGGACGGGCUGCUGCAGGAUGCAGUGCUGACGGUAACGGGCGUAAAGCUGGAGCGUCUAACCCAGCCCGCCUUUUGGUUUUCCCUCUUCAGGCUAGGCGCCCAUCCCAACAAAGACAAUUUUGACAUAUUGUACAAGACUCUGGUACACUAUUUAUCUGACAAACCGCACUAUUCCCACUGGUCUGAGACCAGUAAGUUGAUUUCCAAGAAGAACAAUACAAGAGCUACGGAUACGCCCUCCGUAUGGGUCCCGCUGCCACGGGAUUACUCCCCUGGCACUCCCAUGUCCUCGGCCUUUGCCUGUCUCGAGUUUAUGAUAAAAUUACAGCUCGACAAUCAGCUCAUUGAGGGGGAAGACAGUUCCAGCACCUAUUCCAUCACUAAGUGGAUUGUGCUUCUAUCACUCCUAUUUGAGGUAAAAGAGGACAUUAAGUCUUCCAGUUCUAUGGACUCGGUUGACGGGCGGCUAUCGCCCCUACUGAGCGCCUCGUCCCGACUGUUGGCAAACAUAGCGUUUACGGCGCUGAGCGAGUACGGAGCCGAGUCGCCUCUGUUGACCAAGGACAUGAUAAGUGCGUUGGGCAAUGCAUCCCUCAAGCUUGCAAACGACAUUUUUGUGUUGUCUGAGGGCGAAAAAUUUUUUCCGUCCGCGCUCGCGCGCGCAAAUAACGACACAACUGGCGAUUCCAGCCUAUGGCAAUUUGCAGGAUUAUUCACGGGCGAAUCUACGGAGAUAGGGGACAAGGCUAGGCACUCCUUGAUCCUUCCGGUCAACCUGUCCUCUGUUGGGAUGGUAAGGCCCGCGAAUCUGGAAGAGUACUGCGUGCUGUUGCGCAAGACGUCCCAGAUAUGCCUGCUAUUGUUCAACCAGCGAGUUGCAACGCCCCUCGCCCCCAACUGGGCCUUUUACCUCAUAAGGCACGUGACCCUGGAGCUCGGUCCUGUGGACUGCGCGGACACAAGCUACGCCGCGAUGAAGGAGUCGAUAGCUUUGUUGCAUUUGGUGGCUAGAUAUUUUUUGAUCGCCUGCGCCGGCAUCGCACACAACAAGCACAUGCUUGCGGACAGGGCGAUCAUACUGGCGUCGAUGUUAUCCACGGCUCACCAGAUCCUCACUGAAUUUGACAGGCCUCGGGGGGGAGGCGAGCCUGCGCAGGUGACUUCCGCCGGGGCGGGCAUGGGCAACUUUGAUAGCGACGGCGAGACGCCGCAUACAGAUAAGCCGUGUAUAGACAAGGGUCCCCUGGAGUUGGAGGGCGACGGCCGCAUCUCCGCAGGGCCCCGCAGCGCGCUGUGCUUCGCGCACUUUUACUCGGGAUCAGCUCGCGGCUGCAUUGGCCAGUUUAGCGUGGACAUCCCUGGAUUUUCCCAGGCCACGGGGAAUUACGUGUUUUCCGACCCCGCGCUAACGAUGGCCAGGUCGAAGAUUUGCAGGUGGCUGUCGCGCUGCAAGAAGGAAAGAUUGCUUUUUGAAUGGGGCAGGGAGGGCGACGGGGGGCUCAGGAUGGGCGUUUGGGACGAGGAGCUGGUCGGGCAGCUUUCUCUAGCAUUUGGCUUCGAAGGCGACUACGCAAAGUAUUUUGUGGGCGGCGACGAGGCGUUCUCGAAUUUUUUUCCCGAGCUGUCCCAGCUCCGUGACCUUGCGUUUUUUGCCAAAUAUUAUUGCUGCAGCGACUCUCCCGACUCGCUGCUCUUCAACACCCCAGUGGGAAGCUACGGCCUGUACGAUGUGACCCCCCAAUGGGACGUCCAGGGCAACGUGAAGGCGACCAAGCUGGAGAGCACCCACGAUAAGAGCCCCAAAUCAUCGGCGUUGCAGGGGCUCGAGUACAUCGAUUCGCGUCGAAUAGUAAGGCGAAGCGACGACGUGACGUUUUUGAGCGUGAAGAUGUUCGGGAGCCACGUGAAGAUGCCCGGGGAGAGCUCCGGCAACUCGAACUGGCUGAAGAACUUGAAGUGGUGGGGGGGGAAGAACCGCAUGCCAAAUUCGAGCGCCCACCCUAUAUUUUUUCUGGCCAACUCCGCGUUGGCAAACUCGGAUGAGGCAGACACGUCGCGGCUAUCAAAGCUAGCCGCAGACAGCGAGACCGACAUCCUCUACCUGCCGCCCUCGCCGGUGCAGUUCCCUAACGCCAUGGCGCCGCGCGACGUCGAAUUGUUUCUGCAGUACCUCACGGCGCCCUACGUUCGGAUACCGUUAGUUCUCGGGUUCUUCAACACCGAGUCCAAGAUAACGCUGCUAGACAACCACGCAGUGCAGCAGUCCCUGUGGUCUGCGCUGUUCGAGCCGGGUGGAGAAAGGCAAGAGUCCCACGCCUUCAGCGUGCCGGCCACGGACCGGGGCCUCCUGGGCACUGCGUUAGGGCUGCUUGCCAACGAGUUGAAGUGGUCCCCAGAGUCCAUAUUCAAGCCUCUAAUACGGAUCUUCACGCAUGUGUUAGAGUCAUCCAAGGCUUCAUCGCCGCUCAGCACCAACUCCUCGCUGCCCUUUUGCGCAAGACUAACCGCAUACGUGCUCAGGUACGCCAGCCAGCUGCGCCACGAUAUCUCCUUUGCAGGAUGCACCGGCCCCCUCAUAGACGCCCUUACACGCCUGCUGGCGGAGGGGCGGGAGGUGCUCUGGAGGCGGGCCAAUAAGUGCAUAGAGAAGAUGAAGAUACCCGAGGCGUGUGCUGCCAUGGCCCACAUUGCGAUAGCCGCCUCCACGGCGGUGGACAAGAGAGUACAGGCGGCCAUGGAAAACGGUAAAGUGACAGAUGGCAAUGCAUACGAAAAGGCGGUGGACGAAAUUGGAGUAUGCUUACUCUUCCUCUUCAACCACUUCAAGUUUGGCGACGUAGAUGCGUCAAUCUCCGCGCUGGGCAUGCCCGAGUCCGAACUCUUUGCGCUGUUUCAACGAGUCCGGGCCGAUCUAGUCUUGCGCUGGGCAGGACAGCUGCCCGCCACCGCGGGCGGACACGAAGACCACAGGUUCAACGUGCUCGGCGAAGACCUCUGCAGGAGGCUUUCGGAUUCAAUGCGCGUGGUGACGCUCGAGCGAGACAGGGACAGGACGGGGCUCUGCGGCGGGUGGAUAAGCAUAGGCUCUAGGCUAUACCUGAACAUAUCCCAACACCGCGGCGAGUACGACCCGCUGGGCGUAAUAAAACACAAGAAAAAGAUGUGGAGCAAACUGUCCAUGCGGUUAAAGGGACGGAGAGAAGUGAUAAAGUCGCUUCCCGGACAAUUUUACUACGACUAUCUAUGCGAAUCCAACAAGCUAUCCUCCAUCCAAAUAGACCUUGACUUCAUGACACUUUUGGUGGGAGACUCGAAAAUAAGACUGGUUCCGGAGUGGGUGAACAACUUUGCGAGCUUCACGGACAACUUUGGCCGCGUGUCCUCCAAAAACCCAAUGCAGUGCUCCGUCAUAUCGAUCGCACAAAACCGCACCUGGCUGCGGCUGCUCGGGAAGGGCAUAAACCACGACCUCGUGAUCUACCGCGGGGCGCAUGGCGCCAGCGCACCCCCGGCCGGGCAGGGACUGCCUGCCCUGCCGGAGGGGGGACACGCGCUGCUCCUGCGCGUGUUCCUGUCGCACCAGGUGACGGCCCCCGCGCCCGAGUGGGGCGCGGGCGCCGUCAGGGUCAGGGGCAGAUUAGCUUCGCACCGCACACACACGCCAGAAGAAUUGGGGCUGUCAGACCACUCGGACAAGUUCGCGCCCCCCUCCAUGGCGUCCACCGCUGCCAGGGUCUACAACAACCUCGUAAACAUCACGAGCUCCGCCACCAACAAGGCGAUGGAGGUGGCGCAGGCGCUGUGGGAGGACCCGCGAAAGGCCGAGGAAGGUCUGAAGAAGCAGAUCAGGCGCAGGGCAUUCGCCCAUCUGGAGCGCGCCACGGGCCUGCGCUGGACGCUGGCCCUGGAGAGCGAGUCCGAGGAGGAUAUUGGCACGGAUAGCGCGGAGAAGGAAGAGACCGACGCGAAGGGAGGUACGGGCGGGACGGGCGGAACGCAGGACCAGGACUUUGUCGUCGAGUUUGGGGGUGGGCAGGACGCGUGGGCGUGGCGCGCCUGGCAGCUGCUCGAGUGGGGAGGCCGGACCUGCCGCGUCCUGGCCGCGGAGGGCUGGGGCCAGCGCGACCCGUCGCGCUCGCUAGCCGCGGGCGCCCUGGGCCUGGACCUGGCGAGCGGCGAGCGAUGGCUCUACAUGGAGCUCCUCGCGCCCAGCCACGACGGCAGCUCCAUCGCGCUGCUGCGCGAUGGAGGGCUGCUCUACGCAGACCCGCCGCUGCUCAGGGGCUACCUCCCGCACCACCUGACGGAGACCUACAGUUUUUGGAGGCCAGUCGGGGGCGAUGGACCCAAAAGUGAGACCACCCUUUUGGUGGGCCACCCCAAGCGCGGCUCCGAGGCCGCGGGGGCGAUCGAGGUGGCCUAUGCCCCUGCCCCUGCCCCUUCAGCUCUGGGUCCGGGUCCGGAACAUGCGCUCUGGCGCGUGACCAGACGCUGCGCGCUGAGGGGCAGGGACGCGACUCUGAGCCUGGUCGACGUCGCGCGUUACGCGGACGGCAACUUCAAGCACUCUUGGGCGGCGAGGGCGCUCAUGGAGCUCGAGGCCCUCUCCCACCUCCUCGCGUGGGGGGAGGCGGCUGCAGACGUCUCGCUCUUCGAACUGCCCCGGCUGGGCCUCACCUUCGUGCUCGAGAACGGCCGCUUCUACUGCCAAGAGCACGCGGGGCUUUACCUGUCCCGGUCCUUCAGCCGGCACUGCGGCUGCGUCUGCGGAGACACGACGGGGGCGUGUGACGCGCCCCUGUCCGAGGCGUACUGGGACAGGCUCGACGGCGCCGACGCGGGUGUGUACAGCCACCCGGGCUGCGUCAUGUGCGGGGGCACGGGGCGGGGGCUGCUAGAGGGCCUGGCGAAGAGUGUGAUCCUGCAGGACGAGGAAAACUGCGUCAAGGUGUUGCUGUCCUGCAUCGCCCGGCCGGUCGUUGCCUGGAACUCGGAGCCGCGCAUGGAGGCCGACGGCGCGCCCUCGCAGCUGGCGCGGCUGCUUUCGCCGCUGGUGGUCUGGGACUACCACGACCCCGCCUACCUGGAGGCCACCAAGUCGUCGCGCUACUUCAUAUUCGGGCUGCACGCCUCGCGGGCGUUUCUCUCGAGCCCGGGCCCACAGGCGGACCUGUGGCUGCUGCUGCUGCGGCUGCUGGGGCAGCAGUACGCCCAGGCCUGCCGAAUGAUUCCGGGGCUUUCGGUAGACUGCGGGGACCCAGCCUCGCUGGCGUGGAUUUCCGCCAUAUCGGCGUUCAACUCGCUGAACACCCCGCACCCGGACUUUCUGAAGGUGCAGCUGUUGCUGGUGCGCCUGGGCGUGUUUGGGCCCGCCUCCGGCUUUACCGUGGAGCGGUACUUCGCGACGCGGCAGCUGAUGGAUGCGGACUGCACGUUUUCCGGGAAGGAAGAGCUGCAGCUGAUCGAGAGCGCGCCCUGCAGCGACGCAAUGGGGCUGCACAAGUCCCGGCUGACGGGGCGGCCCUUCCAGUGCCCCCCGCCUAAGAGCACGCUGCGCGCGCUGUCCGGCUGCUCGGCGAUGCCCGAGUUCCACCUGUCCCACUCCUACCCGCUGGACACGUCUUUUCUGUCCACGUUUAGGGUCAAGCGGCAGGAGGACGCGUUGAGCGGGCACGAGUGCCUCUCGACAUACGACAAGAUGCUGCAGCGCGGCAUCUCCGUCGCGGACAUGCUGAUCCUGUACCAGCUGAUGACCGGGCAGUUCCGGUCGCCCGUCGGGUCCGAGGAGGACGAGGGGUACUACUGGGGUGUGGUCCUCUUCUACCACUUGAUAUUUACGGACUCAAUGUCUGGGGCGCUGGGCGCGAAGGAGGGCGCCUUUCUGUUCAACCUGCUGGGGCUGAUGGCUGGGAACCGGAGCCUGGCCGCAUCGGGGCUGCCCGUCGCUCCGCAGGUCCGGAAGAAGGGGAUAGGCGGGCUGCUGCCGUUCCGGAGCCCCUCGCCGCUUAUACGCUUCAUCGCGGAGCUGAAGGAGAAGACCGCGGGUGUGGCGUCCAGCGCUGACACGGGAAGCUCGUUUGUAGGCACCCGGGGCGCCGUAGGCCGGGCGUACCGCGACAUCGCCGAGGAGUCGCUCGGGAGCCUCUUCCGCUGCUCGGACUUUGCGCCCGCCCCUGGCACGGGCCCGCCGCCGGCUGAGCCGGCGGACGGGCUGGAGCGCUGGCGUAUAGCGGGGCCGGGACUGGAGGGGGCGGAGCAGUUCCUGCGUGGCUGCGUAGUCUGCCCCCUAGAGGCGCUGGCGAGGGACGCCACCGUGCGGCGCACGCAGCGGCUCUCGCUGGAAGGGUACAGGCAGGCGUUGGCGGGCAUUGACCGCGCCUGCCGCGGGCGGCCCGUGGUGGGGGGCCCAUUCGCCCCCGACGAACAGACGGGGAGUCGGACUGUCGUGGAGCUGGUGGGGUUUGAGGAGUCUGUCGUGGGGGUGCUCUUCACCGAGGCGAACCUGCUUGGAGCUUGCGUAGCGAGGCUGCAGCACAUAAAGAACGAGCUGCUGCAGGCCCUCCGGGACGAUUUCGCCCUGCAGAAUGCGCUUAUCAAAAAAAUUUCGCUCCGCAGCGCGGGCGAAGCCGCGCUGACGGACAGGCUGGCUGAGUGCUGCAGGGCGCGCAAGACCCUCAAAUUCUCCGAGUUGGCGGAGCUGACCAUUGACAGCGGGCGCGUGAGCCGGUUGCUGAUGGCCAACCCCCGCCUGGGCGCGGAAGGGGCUGGCGAGGUCCUGACCUGCGUGGCGCUGGUGAUGCUGACCGUGAACAGGCGGGCGCUCGUGCUGCGGGCGAUGUCGCAGCUACGGCACCUGCUGGCGGAGCUGCGCGUGGCGGCGAGCUGCGCAUCCCACGCGCCCUCGGUCCUCGCGUCGGCGCGGACCCUGGCAGACACACUGACCACGCGCAGGCACUACGUGACGCAGUCCAGCGGCGCGUGCGUACUGGAUGCGCGCUUCCUGUCGUUUGAGUUCGCGCAUAAUCUGAUCCUGCGCGAAAAUCAGGUCGAGCUGGUACGGAAGCUUGUCGCGAAGGUGCACAGGGGCGAGUCGCUCUGCCACCAGCUGAUGAUGGGCCAGGGCAAGACGAGCGUGGUGUCCCCGCUGCUCUCGAUGUGCCUGGCGGACGGGGAGCGGCUCGUGGUGCACGUAUCUCCGCAGUCUCUGCUGGAGUUCACCCGCAACACCUUCCAGCAGAAGUUCUCUUCUAUAACCAACAAGGGCGUCUUCACCUUCCUGCUGACGCGUUACGACAAGGUGACGCCAGAGCUGGCGUCCAGGUUCGCCCAGACGCGGUCAUCCGGCUCACUAGUGCUGACCACGCCCCUGUCGAUUAAGUCGCUCUUCCUCAAGGCGCUGGAGCUCGCGGGCGCUGGCGCUGGACGCGGUGCCGAGACCACCGAGCUGGCCUGCUGCAUCUCGAUCCUGCGGCACUUCUCGGACGCCGUUCUGAUAAUGGACGAGGUGGACCAGCUGCUCCACCCCCUGAAGAGCGAGCUGCACUGGCCGGUAGGCCCCAAGCUGCCGCUCCCGGACGCGGAGCACAACGUGGACGAGAAGGUGCCCUUCCGUUGGUACCUCCCGUGGCACCUGAUAGAGGGGUUCCUCUUCUGCAGCGGUGCCGCCGGCUCCCUGGAGUUACCCGCGGUGGCUAAAGCCGCCUGCCGCUCCCUACGGGGGCGGGAGGUUAUCGCCAGGCUCCGCCUCGUGAUCGCCCGCGGGGUCGGCGAGUUCGCCCUCGCCGCCUGCCCUCACGUGGCCGUCCUCAACGCGGGCUUCUACCGCGCGGAGCUCCUGCCGGUCCUCUACGAGUGGGCAGCCCUGGCCCUGACCUCCUACGGGCUGCCCGCAUCGCCGGCCCCCGAGUCGCCGAGCGGGCCCUGGGCCUUGGUGGACCGCUGGCUGCAGGCCUACCUGCCUCACAUUUUGGGGAAGGUCAACCGCGUCUCGUACGGGCUCCUCUCCCCCGCCCAGCUCGACGCCUAUGCCUCCAGCGCGCAGUGCUCCAACUCUCGCUGCCUCCUGGCCGUGCCCUUCGUGGGAAAGGACACGCCCUCGAAGAACUCCGAGUUCUCACACCCGGACGUGCUGAUCGGACUUACCGUCCUCGCCUACCGCUUCCAGGGCCUGCGGCCCGCGGACUUUUACGCCGCCGUGCAGCGGCUGCUGCAGGACUUCUCCUCCCAGCCCGGCCCCCCCCGCCUGCGCCCUGCCUACUUCCUCUUCCGGCAGUGGAUCGCGGGUGGGCGGGGCGACGGCCCCCCUCCCCCAUGCCAGCUGCCCUUUGCAGGGCUGGACCUCUUCAACAUAGAAGACAGGGAGCACGUAGAGCUGGGCUACGAGCUGCUUCGCAACUCGCCGCUCGUGAUCAGGUACUACCUGCACCACGUCGUCUUCCCCAUGACGAUGCGCCACGCCACCAAACAACUCACGGCCACAGCCCAAGAACUGGCCAGCUCCAUCCUCUUCCGGGUGCGCCUGGGCUUCUCGGGCACGCCCUCCGCCCUGCUUCCCGCCGACAUGGGGCGUUGCGAGUUCUCUCGCGGCUCCGACUCGCACAUGCUGCGCAUCCUAACGGACCCUGCUGUCGUGCUGGAUGCCAUCUACAUUGCGCCCAGCUGGUCGCCGCGCUGGGUUCUGCAGUACGUGGCCACCUCAAGUGCCAGGCCCCUGGCGCUUAUUGACGCGGGAGCCCUGGUCACGGGGCUCACCAACUACCAGGCUUCAGUGACCCUGCUGGAGCUAGGGCUGGACCACGUUGACGCCGUGGCCUACAUUGAGGACGAUACGGACAAGCAAAUGGUAGUGUACCGCAACGGGACCACACGGCUCCUGGGCCUCUGCGGGUUGCCGCCCGAUCGGCGCUUCACCUUCUACGACCAGGUACACUCCACCGGACAGGACAUCAGGCAAGCGCCCCUAGCCACCGCCUUCGUUACCAUUGGGAAGGACAUGACGUUCAGGGACCUCUCCCAGGGUGCAUGGCGCAUGCGGGCCCUGGACCAGGGACAGACGAUCCGAUUGCUGCUGCCCCCGGAGAUACGGCACAUGAUUGAAGGCGCCGGGGGGCCCGCAUGCGACCCCUCGUCCCUUGUGCAGAAAAGACUGGUUGACAUUGCCGUGUGGCUCGUUGUCAAGGGACACUCCGCCGAACAUGCGCAGCAGAAAGUUCUGGUUGGACAAAAUGCCCUAAACAUUAUGCGUAAACAUGCGUUUUCAAAGCUGCUGGCAAUCGCACAAAGAUUUCGCGGCGCGGAGGAACUCCCCGAUAUAAUGGAUCUGUUUAUUGAGAGCAAGGAUUUGUCGGCAGCUUCCAACCUUCUUUGCUACUCUGAUAGACUUAUCGGCUUUGUCGAGGCUCACAAAUCCAUCGUCCCCCCAGAUGUGCUGGACAGAGUGUAUAACACGCUGGACCGCAUCUCCCCCGGGACGGCUUCCAACCCUGGCAGGCGCAAGACACUUGACCUGUUCACGGACGAUUUUGCUGAUUCUGAAGAUUCCGAUUGGGACGCACCUGCGUCCAACGGCCGCGACGACUACGACGACGACUACGGAGCCAAGGCGCUUGGGCUCGUCGCCGCGGACGAGUAUGACCUGGCACAGGAGGAGGAGCAGGAACAGGAGCAGGAGCAGGAACAGGAGCAGGAGAAGGAGCAGGAGAAGGAGAAGGAGCAAGAAUGCACGGCAGCCCCCACUCCAAACAUAAAGUAUACAAGGCCGCAGGAUGGGGUGUUUCAAUGGCCCUUGGAACAAUUUGAGCACUUACAAUCUGCAGAGAAUAUCUGCGACACUCUGACGAAUCUGGGGUUCCAAAGGCUCUCCGAGUUCUAUCUAUACAGGAAAGACAUGUCAAAACCCUUGGUGAUAUCCCUGCCCUCGUUCAUCUUGCUCUCCCCUAAUUUUUACAAUGUCUGCUGGAACACCGCCAAUAGGAGGCUAACCAACGUGUCUGUGGUGGCUGAGAUCUCGCCCAGGUCUACGCAAGCCCAGAAAGGCGACGCAGCGGCGGAGAUUUAUCACGGACUCGACUUCCUCCUGGAACAGGCCAUGAAGGUGCUCUCCGGGAAAACUGACACUGGGCAGGCGCUCAGGUCCGCCCUAUCUAUAAUCGAUCCGCAGAUCGAGGAGUUUUUUUCCGAAGAGAAUACGGGGAACGGAACUGGAGACGCUUACAACUUAUGGCGCGUUGAAAGCAGAGUGUUUAUAAUCGUGAACCUAGCCGAAGCGGAGGCGCUGCGGGCGUGGAUGCACGAUAGAAAUGGAGUUCUGCCAUUUGAAAUAUCCUUUCGCCAGUUUCAGUCGGAGUUUGACCCCUUCGAUGGGACGAUCGGCUUCGUCCCGCUUCCCAAGCACAGUUACCACAUAAGAUAUUGCUACGCCUCCCUAAAAUUUUUCAACGCGGACAUUGAUAUUGACCCCGCUCAGGUUAGCAUGUUAUCUCGCGCGUUUUCCCGUUACAAAGCAAUUGAAAGGAUGAACGCCUAUAUGUCGCUUCGGUUUGCGAGGAAAUUGCACGGGGAGGUGAAUUGGAAGCUGUACCCGAUAGGGCAGUUGUUUAGGGACGUUGAUGAGCUGGACCAGACCAUUCUAAAGGCCACGAUUUUAAAGAUAAAGAAGCAGCUAAAAAUCACACCCAAGUCGCUAUACAAACUAUUCAGCCUGUGGGACGUGCAUGGGAUGGGGUUCCUCCAACACUCCGAGAUUAUAGCUGCGCUGGCGCACAUCAAGCCGCCAAUUCAGCCUUCUCACUUUAAGGUGCUAUUGAUCAGUCUUGAUGAUAACCGAAACGGUAGAGUGACGAUAGAAAACUUCCAGCGUGUAUUUUUUGAUGCCAAUUUUGCGAUAGCUUCGCCCUGGGAUGAGGAAUUCGAGGAGGAGAGGCAAUUGGGCCUUCGUUAUGAGCUAAAGUUGGCCAGCCACAAUAUAUUUGGCAAAGUUUGGAGCGGGAAGUUGGACUCUCAAACAUUUACAAUUUGGCGCCCACUGGGCCUAUACAAUCGCAAGCUAGGCACCAUCAGAUUUUGCUUGGGCCAUUACCUGGUUAGGGGGGAAAGCGCCCCCAAAGAUCUUGGGCUUUUAGAAACUGUAAUGUCUGAUGCCGUCAGUAGACUUCCACAUCCCGUGGACUUUGAGGAAAUCGUACGCGUGGAAGACCUGACGAUUUAUGAGCCCGUGCCUCCCCAGGGAUUUGUAUCAAUUGGGGUCAUUGCCACCGGCAAUGGGGAAAAGCCUUCCGUGGACUCCGUAUCCUGCGUCCCGAAUGAGCUUGUGCGGUUUCAUGAGAACGGGAAGGUACCCCCCGAAAGGGCAGUUACCGUGGGAGACAAAAUAUUCUUCAGUAAUGGACAAAUUGGAAUCUUGGCUGUUAAGAACGACUUUGAAAUCAUUGCUUAA